UUCCCAGUUUUGAUCCAUAAUGGCUGUCAUUAUAUCAGGUCUAAUAAUGAUGGCAGUCUUUUACCUGCUUGUGUUGGGAAUCGGCAUCUGGGCAUCUGUGAGGUCAAAGAAAUUGAGGGAAAACGCACAAAAUGGACAGGUAGAGUUUUCUUUUUUGGCCAACCGCAGUGUCAACUUGAUAGUGGGAGUCUUCACAAUGACAGCUACUUGGGUUGGAGGUGGCUUCACCAUGGGUUUACCAGAGGCAGUUUAUGAUCCCACCAAAGGUCUAAUCUGGGCUCUUUUUCCUCUCCAACUGUCAAUUUCUUUUAUCAUUGGUGGACUCUUCUUUGCAAAGCCAAUGCGCGACAAAAACUACACAACUAUGAUGGAUCCAUUUCAGAGGAAGUAUGGGAAAACACUGACUGGCCUUCUCGCUGUUGCUGCAUUCAUCGCUGAAGUCGUGUGGACUCCUGGCACACUGAUUUCUUUGGCCGCUUGGAAUUUGGCGUGUCCAAGACGUUCAUCAAAGGACGCCUCUCCUCCAGCUCCCAUCUACGCCAGAGUAUCUGUUUUAAUAGCGCAAGGUGUGGUCAUUGUGUAUGGGGAUCCCACCGAUACUGAUUGGUGCCCGUCCGCAGCUUCAACAAUAUUGGCCAGCAACUUCCAGCUUAACCACCAGCUCUACAAAGCCCUCAGAACAAAUCAG